GGGCAUCGGAAGUGGUGCAACUUCCGGCUGGGUCGCCAUCUCGCCGUGAGACAGCAGGAGCGGGUGUCGGCGAUGUUGUCCUCCGCUGCCGUGUCCUGGGGCGCAGGCCGAGACCUGGCGAUGGAGCCGCACAGCGCCGGCCCCGUGCAGCUGCGCUUCUCGCCCUACGCUUUCAACGGAGGCACUGUUUUGGCAAUUGCCGGAGAAGAUUUUUCAAUUGUUGCUUCUGAUACUCGAUUGAGUGAAGGGUUUUCAAUCCACACCCGGGACAGCCCCAAAUGUUACAAAUUAACAGACAAAACAGUCAUUGGAUGCAGUGGUUUCCAUGGAGACUGUCUUACCCUGACAAAGAUUAUUGAAGCAAGACUAAAGAUGUACAAGCAUUCCAAUAAUAAGGCUAUGACCACGGGGGCGAUUGCUGCCAUGCUGUCCACAAUCCUCUAUUCCAGGCGCUUCUUUCCCUACUAUGUUUACAACAUCAUCGGGGGACUGGACGAAGAAGGGAAGGGAGCCGUGUACAGCUUUGACCCAGUGGGGUCCUACCAGAGAGACUCCUUCAAGGCUGGAGGUUCAGCAAGUGCCAUGCUGCAGCCCCUGCUUGACAACCAGGUUGGUUUUAAGAACAUGCAGAAUGUGGAGCACGUCCCACUGUCUUUAGACAGAGCCAUGCGGCUGGUGAAAGACGUCUUCAUUUCUGCUGCCGAGAGAGACGUGUACACCGGGGAUGCCCUCAGGAUCUGCAUUGUGACCAAGGAGGGCAUCCGGGAGGAGACCAUCCCCCUGAGGAAGGAUUGAUGUCUGUGCUGCCCACUGAUUUGUUUUAUUAAAAAAUAACCCCUGAA